AUGGUGGCUAGUUCAAGACAGAGGAAAAACUCAUUGGGAAGCGUAAUUGUAAAUGGGUCCAAUAUUGAAGAUACAGAACAGAUCAGGAUGGAAGUCAAAAUGCACUUUCAGAAUUUCUUUUCAGAAAGAUGGCCCUUAAGACCAAAAUUUUUAGGCUCUUUUGAGCACAAACUCUCAAUUGAUGAUGCAAAAUGGCUGGAAUUGCCAUUUUUAGAGGUAGAAAUCUGGGAUGCAGUCAGGGAGUGUGAAGGGAACAAAGCACCAGGACCAGAUGGUUUCAAUAUGAAGUUUAUUAGAAAGAGAUGGCCAAUCAUUAAGGAGGAUAUUUGCUUAUUUAUUAAGGAGUUUUAUCUUAACUGCAAAUUAUCUAAAGCUAAUGAAGUAGUUGAUCUUUGGAAGCACAACUCUAGGGGUGGACUUCUUUUAAAGCUAGAUUUUGAGAAAGCAUUUGACAGUGUCAAUUGGAAUUUCCUUCUCCACUUGCUUCAAAUGUUUGGUUUUGGUGAGAAAUGGGUCUCAUGGAUUGCUGAAUGUAUAUCAUCAUCACAUAUCUCUGUUUUGGUAAAUGGAUCCCCCACACAAGAAUUCUCCCCACAUAGAGGACUACGACAAGGUGACCCUCUUUCUCCCUUUCUCUUUAAUCUUGUUGUUGAGGGAUUAAACAUUCUCAUGAAGAAAGCCAAAAUUUUGAACCUCAUUAAAAGGCCUGAUAUUGGUCUUGUUGGGUUGAAUUUAACUCAUCUGCAAUUUGCCGAUGACACUCUCAUAUUUUGUUACCCAGACUGGAAUGAGAUAAUUAAUUUACGAUGA